GUUACUGCAGCUAGCUUAAAAGCAGGUCGGGUGAGCAGAGCUGGACUCGGAGCUGAGACUCGGGAUUGGCUUCAGCUUUCGAGCAGUACACUGUGCGUGUUGUCGGCACACUGUGGGUUGCGCAAGCAGCCGCAGGGCGCAACACCUGCCGCCGCCGCCAGCGGGAAGCGGAGCCGUCUCCACCUGCCAGUGCCUGUUAGCAGGCGGCUUCAAUGCAGCAGCAGGAACCCUGCCAGCACCCUCCCUCCUCUCUCCACAUCGAGCCAUACGUUCGACAAGAGGCAGAAUUCUGGCCGGCCGUGGGCCGCCAUGUCUUGGCGCAAGCGACAGAGGAUACAGUCGUUGUGUACCAGGCAUACACGCCUUCGAUCGGCGUCCUGGCUGCCGGGCAGGGCGACUUCCGGGGCAUCCCUGGGUUCAGCGAAACCCGCAUGACGUGGGUGAAGACCAACUUUCUGUGGAUGGCAUUCAGGUGUGGCUGGGCCAGCAAGCCAAACCAAGAGACUGUGCUGGCCAUCACGCUGAAGCGGCCCUUCUUCGAGCGCAUGCUGGCGGCAUCCCUCUCCACCUCUGCUGGCACCACGGCCAAGGGGCCAUGCAUCGGGGCUGAUGUCGUGCUGCAGUGGGACCCUGACCACCUGCCCGAUGGCAGCAAGCAUCCUGGCAGGCGGGCAGUGCAGCUGGGCCUGAGGGGCGGCGUGCGAGACGAGUACAUUUCCGGCAGGCACACCGUGUGCAUCGAGGAUAUCACUCCCUUUGUGAGAGAGAUGGGGGCCAUAGCCGCAGGAGGCGAGCCGCGCUGGGUCGGCCUGCUGGUGCCGUCUGAGCGGGUGCUGCGGCUGCGCGAUGAGGUGAGGUCCCACAUUGCGGCGGAUGCCCACCCUGUGCACUAGAAGAAAUAAACGGCCUGUAAACAAUCGCGAGGCU